CCAGGGCAGGUGCAGAGCCGGCAGUGCAUCGAGGACAUCAUCAAGUUGGCCUACGAGGAGCGGCUCUUCCUCAUGGCCGACGAGGUGUACCAGGACAACGUCUGCGCCGAGGGCUCGGCCUUCCACUCCUUCAAGAAGGUCCUCUUCGAGCUGGGGUCACCCUACAAGGACGUGGUGGAGCUGGCCUCCUUCCACUCCGUCUCCAAGGGCUUCAUGGGCGAGUGCGGGUUCCGCAGCGGCUUUGUGGAGGUGGUGAACAUGGACCCCGAGGUGCGGGAGCAGCUCAUCAAGAUGGUCUCUGUGCGCCUGUGUCCGCCCGUGCCCGGGCAGAUCAUCCUGGACGCCGUGGUGGCCCCGCCGCAGCCUGGCGAACCCUCCUAUGAGCGCUUCAUGGCCGAGAAGCAGGAGGUGCUCAGCGCCCUGGCGCACAAGGCCCGGCUCACCCAGGAGAUCUUCAACCAGGCGCCCGGCAUCCGCUGCAACCCCGUGCAGGGCGCCAUGUACUCCUUCCCCCGCAUUGAGCUGCCAGCCCGCGCCAUCCAGGAGGCCAAGGCGCUGGGCCAGGCCCCGGACGCCUUCUUCUGCAUGAGGCUGCCUUCCACUUCCGGUGGGUCCCCGGGGGUGAUGGGUAUGAUGACCAUCCUGCCGCCCACGGAGAAGCUGCGGGAGCUGCUGCAGAAGCUCACGCGGUUCCAUGCCAAGUUCACCAAGGAGUUCUCCUAA